CCCUGAGCAGCGCUCACACACACACACACUCACUCACUCACACUCACACCUCACCCUCCUCCAGCCCCACCGCCUCCACCAUGGCUUCCUCCGCCCUGUCUGUCUGCUCCAGUGACCUGAGCUACAGCAGCCGGGUCUGCCUGCCCGGGUCCUGUGACUCCUACACCGGCUCCUCCUGGCAGGUGGACGACGGUCCAGAGAGCUGCUGUGAGCCCCCCUGCUGUGCCCCCAGCUGCUGCACCCCGGCCCCCCGCCUGACCCUCCUCUGUGCCCCAGUGAGCUGUGAGUCCCGCCCCAGCUGCCAGCCAGCCUGCAGCAGCUCCUCCCCCUGCCAGCAGGCCUGCUGUGAGCCUGUCUGCUGCAGGCCUGUCUGCUGCACACCUGUCUGCUGCACACCUGUCUGCUGCACACCCAUCUGCUGCACACCCGUCUCCUGCAGGCCCGUCUGCUGCAGACCCGUCUGUUGCACACCCCUCUGCUGCAGGCCCGUCUGCUGUGAGUCCUCCCCCUGCUCAGCCUCCUUGUGCUGCCAGCCCAACCCCUGCUCCUCAGUCAGUUGCAGACCCUCCUCCUCCGUGUCCCUCCUCUGCCGUCCAGUGUGCCGCCCCACAUGCUGCGUGCCCACCUCCUCCUGCCAGCCCAGCUGCUGCCGCCCAGCCUCCUGCCUGUCCCUGCUCUGCCGGCCCGCGUGCUCCCGCCCUGCUUGCUGCGUCCCAACCUCGGCCCCAGAGCCCUGUUGCUGACCUGGUACAUUGCCAACUCCUUCCAGGGCCAUGCUGACUAUCACCUGAAAUUUCUGUAGCCUUCAACCCAGUCUGGGGUCUCCUUCUGCCCCAGAAUUUCCUGUGAGCAGCCUGGGCUGGCUCCUGGUUCCCUCCAGGCCCUGAGUGUCAGCCAGCAUCCUGCUCUCCAUCCUUGUUGGUCAUAGAUUUUGUCCUGACCUCGGUGAGGGGUCUGCCUGUUAACAAAUAAAG